UUUUUACAUAAAAAUUAUUUAGAUAGUAGGCCCAUACGGUUCUUUUUCCGAACUAUUGUAGGCCAUUCAUUGCUUUAACUACCCAAUACCCAUUAUCACAUAUGCUAUUGCCAGGAACUUCAACCUGCUCCAUCUAUCUAAAGAUUUGAGUCCUCUCCAUAUCUCCAUUCUCCAAGCAUAAGAAUGAUGCUUAGAAGCUCUUCCACCCCUAUUCUUGGCUCACUUCUCUCAUCAUACUCAGAAUCUCCGAGCCACGGCAACCAAUGCGAAUACAACUCCCCGAAACACCUAUCUAAGAAGUUUUCCUUCCACCAAACACACACAUGUCCACUAAAUCUCAUCACCCCUUCAUCAUACUCUAACUCUUCUCCUUCCAUCAAUGCUGAAUUAACCUCUUACAGUUCUCAUAGCUCUCGACUCAAUGGAUUCAGAAGAGUACAAUCGGAUGGGAACUUGGAAGGGCUAGCCUCGGCUUCUUGCCACAACUUUGAUGAAUUGAACCAUUCGAUCCCAUCCAAGAAAUUUCCACGCAAACCCAACUGUCCGGUUUUGCAAUCCAUUCCUUCAUUCUCGGUGUACAAUCCCAAAAUCCAAUAUGAAGAAGAUGAUGAUGAUGAUGUGGAAAAAGAAGAACAAGAGGAGGAGGCUGAAGAAAGUGGUGAAGAAGAAAGAAGUGGAGAAUUAAGCUUGGAGAAGAGCUUUGCGGUCAUUAAAAAUAUCGGAUUACAAGAAAGAUAUGUUAGUAACCAAGGUGGAAGUGAAGAUAUACCCUCUAAAAUGCACCUUGCAAGAGGACUUGGAAUGAUCACCAGUGGAUAUACUAAUGGAGGCGGCGGCAAUGGCGGAUACAAUGAAUAUAAACCGAUUGGUUUUGGCGAUGAUGGCAGUGAUGGAGCUAGCAUGGCAGAGCACUACAAGAAGAUGGUGGAGGACAAUCCUGGAAAUACAUUACUAUUAAGAAACUAUGCCGAAUUUCUACAUAAGUCUAAGGAUCUUAUAGGGGCUGAGGAGUAUUACUCACGAGCGAUACUAAUGGAUCCGGGAGAUGGUGAAAUCCUUUCGCUAUACGCCCAGCUAACUAUGGAGCUUCAUGGCGAUGAAGAACGAGCUUUAAGCUACUUCCAAAGAGCUGUUCAGGCUUCCCCUGAAAACAGUUAUGUGCUAGCAGCAUAUGCUGGUUUUCUCUGGGAUACAGAGGAAGAAGAAGAUGGUCAUCUACGCAUAAUACCACCAAUUCUUCAUCGCACUGCCACUGCUGCUGCAAAUAUGUAGGUUUUCAGAUACAAUCUAGGGUGAAGGAACAUACAGUUAUUUGUAAUACCAGCCUAGGGUAUAUAUUCUGCCUGCUUAAGAUAUACGCACUAUAUAAUGCGACACACCAAGUCACCAAUAUUAUAUGGGUGGAGUUUGAUGUUCA